CCGAGGCCCGGCAGUUGUCUGUUAUCCCUCGAGGGCUUCGGAGCUCGCCGUGCCCGUUGAGCGUCGCCGCCGCCGCGAUGAAGCUUCUCCGGUCGUUGUGGCCGUGGUAAGGGCUGACCUGCCUUGACUGGAAGAUGGCCGCGCCGCUACCCGCGGCUGCUACUGCUGCCUGGUUCAUGGCGGGGCCAGCGGGAGGCGGCGAGCGGGAGACGCGGGUCAGCCUUCCCCGGCCGCUGCUGCUGCCGCUGCUGCUGGGGGUCCUCCUCAGCCGGUGCCUCGGAGAACAACCCCCACGCGCCGCCGCCGGCGCCUCUGCCUCCUCCUCCUCGUCGUCUUCGUCGUCGUCUUCUUCCUUGUUGCCCGGCGCAUCUGACUCUGAGGAGACGGUGAUCAUAGGGUUGCGGCUGGAGGACACGGACGACGUCUCGUUCAUGGAGAAGGGGGUGCUACGAGUGAGCGAGAGGACCCGUGUCAAGCUGCGGGUCUACGGGCAGAAUAUCAAUAACGAGACCUGGUCCCGCAUCGCUUUUACGGAGCAUGAGCGGUGGAGGGAUGGAGAGGGCCGCCGUCCGCCCGCGGAGCAGGAGGAUGGCUCGGCUCCCAUCGGCUCGGCAUCCCCAGUCCCGCAACGCUGCGGCAUCCGCACCUCGGACAUCAUCAUCCAGCCGCACAUUACCCUCAACCGUCGCACCUCCGGGAUCAUUGAGAUCGACAUCAAGCCCUUGCGCAAAACGGAGAAGAGCAAGUCCUACUACCUGUGCACCUCCGUCUCCUCGCCUGCCAUCCUCGGAGGGCCCGGGAGCUCGGCUGGAGGCCCUAGUGGGGGAGGGAACAUCAUUGGUUCUGAUGGGGGUCCAUGGACUGAAACCACCUGGGUCUACCAUGAUGGUGAGGACACCAAAAUGAUAGUGGGGGAAGAGAAGAAAUUCUUGCUACCUUUCUGGCUUCAGGUGAUCUUCAUCUCCCUUCUGCUGUGUCUCUCGGGCAUGUUCAGUGGUCUCAACCUGGGACUUAUGGCCCUGGACCCCAUGGAGUUGCGUAUUGUGCAGAACUGUGGGACAGAAAAAGAGAGGAACUAUGCCAAACGCAUUGAGCCUGUGCGCCGUCAGGGUAAUUACUUACUCUGCUCCUUACUCUUGGGCAAUGUGUUAGUCAAUACCACCCUUACCAUCCUGCUUGAUGACAUCGCUGGUUCUGGACUGGUGGCUGUGGUGGUCUCCACCAUUGGCAUUGUCAUCUUUGGUGAGAUUGUGCCACAGGCGAUUUGUUCUCGGCAUGGCCUUGCUGUAGGCGCCAACACCAUCUUCCUCACAAAAUUCUUCAUGAUGAUGACCUUCCCAGCCUCUUACCCGGUCAGCAAGCUACUUGACUGUGUCUUAGGGCAGGAGAUUGGUACUGUCUAUAACCGAGAGAAACUACUUGAGAUGUUGAGGGUCACUGAUCCUUAUAACGACCUAGUCAAGGAGGAGCUGAAUAUCAUUCAAGGGGCACUGGAAUUGCGCACAAAGACAGUGGAGGAUGUAAUGACACCACUUCGGGACUGUUUUAUGAUUGCUGCUGAGGCUGUGCUUGAUUUCAACACUAUGUCUGAGAUAAUGGAGAGUGGCUAUACCCGUAUACCUGUCUUUGAAGGGGACCGCUCCAACAUUGUGGACCUUCUUUUUGUCAAGGAUUUGGCUUUUGUGGAUCCUGAUGAUUGCACCCCACUGAAAACCAUCACACGGUUCUAUAACCAUCCGCUGCAUUUUGUCUUCAAUGACACCAAGCUUGAUGCAAUGCUUGAGGAAUUCAAAAAAGGUAAAUCUCACUUGGCAAUAGUGCAGCGGGUGAACAAUGAAGGGGAAGGGGAUCCUUUUUAUGAAGUCUUGGGCAUUGUUACCUUGGAAGAUGUAAUUGAAGAAAUCAUCAAGUCUGAGAUUCUAGAUGAAACAGAUCUAUACACUGAUAACAAAACCAAAAAGAAAGUAGCUCAUCGGGAAAGGAAGCAGGACUUCUCUGCCUUCAAACAGACAGAUAGCGAAAUGAAGGUUAAAAUCUCACCACAGUUACUCUUGGCAAUGCACCGUUUCCUAGCAACAGAGGUUGAAGCAUUUGGCCCAUCCCAGAUGUCUGAAAAGAUCCUGCUAAGGCUUCUAAAGCAUCCCAAUGUGAUUCAGGAAUUGAAGUAUGAUGAGAAGAACAAGAAAGCCCCUGAAUACUACCUCUAUCAACGAAACAAACCUGUUGAUUACUUCGUUCUAAUCUUACAGGGGAAAGUAGAAGUGGAGGCAGGAAAAGAAGGAAUGAAGUUUGAAGCUGGUGCUUUCUCUUAUUAUGGAGUGAUGGCUCUCACAGCAUCGCCAGUUUCCUUGUCCCUGUCUCGUACCUUUGUUGUCAACAGAACAGAAUUAUUAGCAGCAGGUACACCAGCCGAAAAUAAAUCACCACCUCGCUCUUGUGGUUUGAAUCAUUCAGACUCUCUUAAGAGAGGGGAUCGCAUUGAUGCUGUGACACCAUCAAUAGGGAGUAGCAACAACCAGUUGAACUCCUCAUUUGUUCACGUGUAUGUUCCAGACUACUCAGUGAGAGCAAUCGCAGACAUUCAGUAUGUCAAGAUCUCAAGACAGCAAUACCAAAACGCCCUAAUGGCAUCUCGGAUGGAUAAGACACCUCAGUCCUCAGACAGUGAAACCACUAAAAUAGAACUGCCUCUUACAGAACUACAUGAUGGCUUGCCAGAUGAGAUGGCAAAUCUGUUGAAUGAACAGAACUGUGUAACUCACAACAAGUCCAACCACAGUAUGCACAAUGAAGGUGCCAUCUAGGAGCUGACACAAAGCAUCUCACUCUUCCUUUAACUUCCACCCUAGUCGUCUGUUCAGCAGGACCGGUCUUCAUCCCUUCCCUCCCUUCUACCUGACUCUGAAUACCAUUAGUAUAUGCUUAUUAAGCUGUGCUCUGAGACCAAAGACCUCAUGUCCAUUCUGGAAACAGGAAAAAAAGCCAGGAAAAAACAGGAGCUCAGAGAAUGAGACGGACACAGGAGUCUAAAAAGAACAACAAAUAUCUAAGUAAAACUUGGGGAUGAUGAGCCACCUUUCUGGAAUAAAUGGCAAAAUUCUUCCUAGUGGUUCAGAAUCCCACAGAAUCCCAGCUAUAUUGAUGAGUUCCAGGACCUUUCCAGUGAAGCUGUUAUACUGUUGUGAAUUUUACCCCAUACCUUGUUUGUCCUUUACCUUUUUGUUCUUCCCCUUCUUGAAAUGACAAACUGGUACUAGAAUGUAUUUGUUUUGUAAAGAAAGAUUGAAUGAAACUUCAGGACCCUCUAGCAUCUGUUGGGAAAUGGGGAGAAAAACUGUUUCCUCUCUGUCGAUCCUUUAAGAGAGGAGAUACCUUGGGGUUGUACAUUCCUUUCAACAAUCACAUUUCUAAAGUUCAAGAAUGUCAGAAAAUGUGAGGUGUGACAUAUGAAGAAAAGUGCUUGAUUUUUCAAAGACAGUACUUCUUAUUUAUUCUGGAAGGACUAAUGGUGGGUGGUACUCUCUGCCAUCUUUUGUGUGCUGAGUCCAUGCCUAAACCUAUUUUUAUUUUUAUUCUGAUGUGCCGUCAUAAUCAAUUUGCCCUCCAGGUUAAGAAAAGAUCCCACAAUAUAAUUAGGAUAGAAUCUAAGAAAUAUCAGUCCCCCAACCCCGAAAACCUUUUGUUUAAAGAUGCUGCUAUGUUGAUAGCGAAAGUAAAUCAUCCUAGGUGUACUGCACUUACAGAAAACGCAUUACUAUGGAUGGUCUAUAUCCUGUCCCCCUUUAGAGUUUGCAAAUAUAUUUCACAAUAAAUUCAGCCUGUGGUGGUGAUUGGGUGGGUAUGCAUAUAUCUGUGAAGGUGAGUGAUUGAGUAUACUAAGCUCGUGUUUUUAGUACCCACUUUUUCUGCCUUCAGUUUUUAAAGACUCUGUGCGACACCAGCAGGGCCUGAAAAAUGGACUUAAAAUGUCUUCAGAGUAUUCCCAGCUUCCAUUACCAUAGCAGGCUAAAUUUAAUUGGCGAGUAUUUGGGAGAGUGUUCCAUGAACUGUUUGGAUUACUCAUUUGAGCAACUUUGCUUGAUAAGAUUAUGGUUACCGGAGCCCUUUCUCGUUUGCAAGAAAGAAGACUGUGAAAGCUGAUUUCCAUUCAUUGCUUUCACACAGUGGUCUUUGGACGGGUUUCCAGAUUCUUGUAUACAAAGUCUGAUUUUGACUUGCAUCCUGAUUCCUAAUAUUUUGUAUUCCUUUUUUCUUUACGCCCUGCCAGAAUCUUGGCUGGUGGGAAUGCUUCAAUACUUUUACAUGGGUUAGUGUAAGAUGGAGAUGAGCUUCCUGUGCAAAUACUUUUUUAGGGAAUGUAUAUUCUUCAUCACCUCAAGAGCUCCUCAGGUGUGCUACGUUAAAUUUGUUCAACUAUUUUAAGGCUUCUCACUCAAGAGUUUAAUCUGCGAAAGAGAAACAAAUGCUAUAUUUCAAAAGAAGAAAAUGGAAUCAAGAUAUAUUUUUUUCAGUUUCUGUGUGUUGUGUCAGUACUUCAAGAAAAAUUCCUUUGAAGAGGCAUGGCACUUCCAGCUAUGACAGUUAAUAUGAUUGAAAAAUACAGACCUUUCCAUUUACUAGACAAUUUUUUUAAAGGUGGACUUCAAAAGAACUUGUUUUAUACCCAUUUUAUAAAAUAUCCACUGUCCUUGACAGCAUUUCUGUGCUAUUGGGAAGUGUUUAAGAAAGUAUAAUAAACUUUAGGAGACAUACGAGGCUAAAAUGAUUUGUCCUCCUUAUUGGAGAAGUGUUGCAGGAUUAAAUGUAAACAAAGCCAAAAUCCUCAAGGAACUGUAGUGUAGGCGGGGAAUCAUGCAGGCAGCCCCCCCCCUUAUGCCUCCAGCUGGUUGUCCUUCAUGUGACUGGUUAUGGUAGGGUUAGAUCAGAUGAAUGAGGGUUAGUGCAUGGCGUGAGGGGCUGCUUUUGUGAUGUUCUUGAGCAAGGGGGAUUUUUAUCUGAUUGUGUUCUACUAUUUCAUGCAACCAUCUUUCAAAAUACUGUACUUAAUUUUCCCAUAAAAUGUGUUGAAUUCUACAGUAUGUGAUAGUGCCUCAAAUAGUUACCCCAAUCUAUCACAACUAGUUCUUGUGAUGUUUUCCUUAAAGUUUGAACCCUUAUUUCAACAUCAUAUAUUAUGGAUUAGGCUUGGGAGAAACUUUGCAAAGCUUUGCAAGGGAAUGACAAUUUUCCACAGCUUAGAAUCUGGAGACUUCUCUGUUGUUUGUGGUAGAAUGAGUACCAUGUAUAUUUUUAAACAGUUCUCAGUCAAUAAGGUAAGGGUAAAGAUUCCCCUUGACAAUUUUUGUCCAGUCGUGUUCGACUCUAGAGGGCGGUGCUCA